UGGUUGCUAACUGUUGUUUGUAACAAAGAACUAUAGGAAGACAUGCGCAUACAAUAUAUCGGCUUGAUAUAAGGGUGGCAAUUUGCACGGUCUGACCAAAACUUUACUACCAACAUUUUUAUAUAGUCACUGACAUUUGUUUGAAAUCGAUUCGCAGAAUACCAUGGCAGCAGCAAACGAUUUGAGUGCUGGGGACUGCGUUGACGCUAGGCGGGGCGAUGGACAAGAGUCAGAGGGCCCCUGUGGUGGCUCUGGGUCUAUGCAGGUGGUUGCCAAGCCUCAGUCCCAUAGCUUCAGGUACAGCCUCCGCUACCCCAGCAUUGGCCAGUGUAUCAUCAUUAACAACAAGAACUUUGACAGAAGAACAGGUAUGAAUGUACGCAAUGGCACAGAUGUGGAUGCAGGCAACGUGAUGAAGGUGUUUGGGAAACUGGGUUAUAAGGUGAAGGUUUACAAUGACCAGACAGUGGACCAGAUCAAGCAUGUUUUAACCACAGCCUCCAAGGAGGACCACAGUUGCUCCGCUUCGUUCGUGUGUUGCCUGCUGAGUCACGGGGAUGAUGGCGUGUUCUUCGGGACGGAUGCCUCCAUCGAGCUCAAGAGCCUCACCAGCCUGUUCCGGGGCGACCGCUGCAACUCGCUGGUGGGCAAGCCCAAACUCUUCUUCAUCCAGGCUUGCAGAGGUACUGAUCUGGACAGGGGCAUCGAGGCAGACAGCAGUUCAGAUGGGAGUUCGACCAGGAUCCCUGUGGAAGCAGACUUCCUCUAUGCCUACUCCACAGCUCCAGGCUACUACUCAUGGAGGAACACUCAGACUGGCUCCUGGUUUAUUCAAUCUCUGUGUGAGAUGAUUGGCAAGUACAGCAAAGAGCUGGAGGUCCAACACAUCCUGACCCGGGUCAACCACAAGGUGGCGACAGAGUUUGAAUCUGCGUCAAACUCUCCCGGCUUCGAUGCCAAGAAGCAGAUCCCCUGCAUUGUAUCAAUGCUGACCAAAGAGAUGUACUUUACACCCUGAAAGGAGAAAGGUGUGAAGAAGCUCCUCAUUUGCCUGGUCCCAGAUCGGUUUUAGCUGUCUCGCCAACUCCUAUGGUCACUGUUAUAGGAGUUGGCAAGAGAGGAAAAACAGACCUGGUACCAGGUAAAUGAGGAGCUUCUUCACACCUUUGUGAGGGCAAUAGAUGUGUGUUUGUUUUGGUUGUGGAUUGUAUUAGCUGAAUUUUUAACACCACUGCUCAAUCGCUCAAGUUGGACUUGGUUUAAACUUGUAGGCUUAAGUAUCACAUUUUAUGUUGGAGGUUGAAACCUCUGUCAUGCUUUCAGCCUGAUGUCAUGCACAGAGAAGUUGACUCUUCUUCAGGGUAGAGGUCAGUUCACGUUUCAAUUCCAUCAACUGAGUAAGUGUGAAAUCCUAAUUGUAAAUGUUAAAUUUAAAUAACUUCCUAAAUGCACUGAUUGAUUUCAAAGUUGAAUUGACCCCAACCCUGUUUCUUACUGAAUGAUCCCUUGUGUGUAACGUUUUGGGAGUAGAUUGCAGGGGUAGUGUGUAGUAAUCAAAUCAUGGAUGUGCAACUCAUCUACAAGCACCAGCAUUUCUCCCUCAUUUUACUCAUACUGUUUUCUUUAAACAUUUUCUUUGAUUAUUUUUACAAUGUCUAGAACCACACAUUUUGUUGGAUACUUGAAUGAGUAGUCAAAGUGCAUUUCUGAAGGGAUUAUGUUGCAUUUGUCUUUUGUGUGGGUUUAAAUUGUUGAUUUUUUUUUAAUUGCAGGAUAUUGUGUAGGUCCGUUUUAUAGUUAUUCUGUGAAAAAAAACAAUCCUGUUAAAUUAAUUCUGCAGAAAUAAGGCUUGCUUGCCCUUCCGCCUU